AUGGGACUAGAUUACUGCAUAAUCCAGUCCAAGCCAGCGAAAGCUAGCGAGCUCAAACAAACACACCCUAAGGGUUUUGGUAGGGAAGAAAUAAAUUCUGGGAAAGAGGUUAAUGGAAAAGGGGUUAUCGCUUUGGUGGUUGGGAUUAGCAAAACAAAACCAAAGCUCUUUAGGGUUGCAGCAGCAGCUCCAUUGACAUCGUUAUCAACGUUGCUAGGCUCCUUCCAUGAAUUCCUUCACGAUGAUCACAGUUUGACACAUAUUGGCCAUUUGCCAAAGGGUCUCAAUCCACCCUCAUCAAACAUGCUAUACUUUAGUGGCCCUUACCUUGCUCUUGCUAUUAAAACUGGCAUUAUAACUGGGAUUUUGUCUCUCACAGAAGGGGUUGCAGUAGGAAGGACUUUUGCAUCUUUGAAAAACUACCAAGUUGAUGGAAACAAAGAAAUGAUGGCUAUUGGGCUCAGGAACAUUUCUGGUUCUUGCUCUUCAUGCUACGUUACCACAGGUUCGUUCUCUAGAUCUGCAGUAAACUACAAUGCCGGAGCACAAACUGUGGUUUCGAACAUUAUUAUGGCAUCAGCUGUGCUUAUCACUCUGCUGUUUCUAAUGCCAUUGUUCUACUACACCCCCAAUGUCAUCUUAGCAGCCAUCAUCAUAACCGCUGUGAGCGGACUCAUCGAUUACCAAGCUGCAUACCGGUUGUGGAAAGCUGACAAGCUCGACUUCAUGGCCUGCAUGUGCUCCUUUGGCGUUCUCUUCAUUUCCGUCCCUUUUGGUCUUGCAAUUGCAGUAAGAUUUCUAAGAUUGUUAUUUCUAUUGGGUUGA